AUGGAUGAUUUCUUGCGACUGGUGACUUCGGAUUUUGAACGUAUAGCGACUUGCACUGGAUUUCGAUUCAACCAAUACAGUGGUUCAGUGGACUGGGAAUAUUUAGAAGAAUUUGUCAUUGAUGAUGUAGUUGAAAAAGCUGAUGUAAAGACUCUGUCAAUGCUUGUAGCCAGUGUUCUUAGUUACAAUAUUGAGAAAAUGAGUGCGUCUAAGAAAAUAUUUCGUCUUUCACAAUUGAUCAUAGACUUUUUGUUGCAUUAUAAAAAACAUUCAACUUUUAAGAUCAAUGAUAAAGUAGAUUCAAUGGCGCUUUGUGAGUUGUGUGGAAAGAUGUUUAUGGAUGUUUCUUAUUUAAAAUAUCAUUGUUUCCGUCGACAUAAACUUAACUCUUGCACUUUUACAAGUUCACCAGAAAAUGAGAAUGUUGAUAGCUUAAAAUCAGAGAUCUUUCAACUUCAAACACAAUUGAAAGAAAUUACAUCAACUUUUGACAAUAAAUUAAAAAAUUCUAAAAUGAACAUAGAUGAACAUGACCUAAAUAACUGUAAUUCUGUUCAUAAAAAUAAAUUAUUAUAUCAUUUAAUACCUCAACCAGGCGAUAACCCUAUGCAGAUACAAGAAAUGUAUUGGAAACAAAAAUAUGAAAGUUUAGAAGAAAAUUAUAAUACUCUUAAAAAUGAAUAUGAAGUAAAUCAAAAUUCUUCAAAAUCUAAAACUAUUUUACAUCAUAAAUACCAACAGUGUGAUUUUUAUGAGUCUGAAAAUUCAUCAAAAUGUGUACAGACAAAUCUUUUAACUGAAAAUUCAACUCCUGUGUGCUCUCCAAAACGACCACCUCGGACAAUUGAUGCAACACCUAUGAAUGAAUUUAAAGGAAUAUGUAGUAUGAAUAUUUCAGACAUAGAUCAGACAAAUACAGAUUGUUAUCAAUGUAAAACUGAUUUAAGUUCAGACAGAGAUUUUUAUGAGUUGAAGAAACUAAGACUGGAAGCGCGUAUGAAUAUUAAUGAUAACAGUGUUUGUGAAAAUUUGUCUGAACCUUUAUUGUCUUCUGACUAUGUAGACAGUUUAAAAAUUGUAUUGAUACUUGGUGAAAAUCGAGUGAAUGAAUUAUUUAAAAAUACCUCUUUAAUGGAUUUAAUAAAACUUGAUGUCAAAGAAUUAGUUAACAAAAGGCUGGAAGAGUGUUAUAGGUUUAUCGAUGAGAGUGUAGAACAGGAUAAUUGUUUACAUGAAAUGUGUGAAAAUCAAGAAUCUUCUGAAGUUACCAUUUGUGAAGAUGAUAAGAAAGAACAAUAUAGUUCUCCAGAAAUUGAUUAUAAUAAGACUUCAGUUAAAAAAGAUAAGACAGUCAUGUCAAAAUUAAAAAAGAAAGCAUUGCGCUUGAGCAAUAUAUUUUCUCCAAAUCAAAACAUAAAAAACUAG